AUGGAGGACCAAGCAACAAUCCAAGCUCUCCUCACGUCGCUCCGUUCUGGGCCGCUCUACUACGACCUCUUCGUCCAUCCCCCCAAAACUUACGAAGAGGCAAUUACCCGGGCCAGGCACCAUGCGGAUGCUACAGAGGCUAACAUGGCUAAGAGACGAGAAGAACAACCGGUCGGUCGGGAUAGAGGUCACGACCCGAGGAGAGAUCGACAUCGUUUUAAGCAACGUGGCCGACUGGAGGAUGGACCGCGAUUCACUUCGUUAACCAAACCCCUAGUGGAAGUCUUGCAAUAUGCCGAGCAAUGCAACCUGGUCCAUCCACCCGACCCGGUACCCGAAGGACCAGACAAGAACAAAUACUGUGCUUUUCACAAAACGAAGGGUCAUGAGACAUCGGAGUGCAUCGCCCUACGUCUGGUUAAUGAGCAACUCAUUCAAAAUGGAGAAUUGGAGCAGUUCGUAAAGAGAGACGAACGAGACAAAGGAAAGUUAAAAAAGAACGUCUGGAAGAGGAACACGAAGGAGCAAUCGAAGGCGCCCGGUCCGCACGGGUCAAGUGACGACAAGGCGGCCGGAAAGAAGCCAAUUAUUCAUGUUAUCUAUGGGAGACCAGAAGGAGGAGACUCUUCUCGCCAAAGAAAGCAAUGGGCGAGAAAUUUGUACGUCGGGUCGGUCCACUCGGAACCCCGGGAGAAGAAAAAACGUGUAGAGCCGAUAUUCUUCCCUGACGAGGAUCUUCCCAUCCACGGGGAAGCCCACAGCGACUCGCUCGUCAUCACAAUGGACAUCAAUGGGACGGACGUCCAGAGAAUACUAGUUGACACGGGAAUUUCAGUAAACAUUUUAUACUUCGACGUCUUCACCCAACUAGAUCUGUCGAUCGACCAGUUGACCCCCCAUACGGACCCCGUUGUCUGGUUUCACAGGCGACUCCAUAGAGGCAGAAGGAGUGAUCAGUCUGAAUGUGGAGUUAGGCAACCAGCCGAACGUCUUGAUGACUACCAUGGAGUUCGUGGUGGUCAAGUUGAAAUGUAUUCACAAUGCAAUACUUGGUCAAGUUGA